GGGUAGGGCAACCUUGACUCCUCGUGCUUUCUCAGGGGUUGGCUUCUCCUCCCCACUCAGUCCUCGGUUCCCGGCCCGGUUCGGUUCGUUAGGGUUUAGUAGUGGGGAAGAGGAGGAAGAAUGGCGGACGUCGAGUACCGCUGCUUCGUCGGCGGCCUCGCCUGGGCCACCGACGACCAGUCCCUCCAGAACGCCUUCUCCAAGUACGGCGACGUCAUCGACUCCAAGAUCAUCACUGACAGGGAGACGGGCCGUUCCCGCGGGUUCGGGUUCGUCACCUUCGCGUCGGACGAGGCGAUGCGCCAGGCGAUCGAGGCCAUGAACGGCCAGGACCUGGACGGCCGCAACAUCACCGUCAACGAGGCCCAGUCCCGCCGCUCCGGCGGAGGCGGCGGCGGCUUCAGCGGCGGAGGCGGUGGCGGCUACGGCGGCCAGCGCCGCGAGGGCGGCGGCGGCGGCUACGGCGGCGGCGGCGGCGGCUACGGAGGUGGCCGCAGCGGCGGCGGCGGUGGCUACGGCAGCCGUGAGGGCGGCGGCGGUUACGGCGGAGGCGGCGGCGGCGGCGGCUACGGCGGCAGCCGCGGCGGCUCCGGCGGCGGCAACUGGAGGGAGUGAAUGGUGGGGCCCCUCGCUGGGCAGUUAUCCUAGUUACCCGAUCCGUUUUUACCUGUCUACCAAAAUGUUAUCGCUCGCUCGCUCCCGAGUAUCCUAGAUCUCGCUCCAUCGCGUAGGUUCCGAGAUGUUCUGGCUACCGUUAGAUGUGACGCUGCUACCGUUCCGUGUUACUGUUCCGUCCCCGCUCUGUUCGCUAUGCUUCUAAGAUUGAAAUGAAAACCUGAGCAAAGUUUGUUCGCA